GAAAUAAGAAUAAGAAUUAAAAAUAGAGAGUUGACAUUUAUGUCGGCUUUAUGAAAAAACUUUCCCAAAAUAAUAAAAAAAUGGUUUUAUGAAAACUGUGAUUACCAUGGAUAGAGACUAUAUGGAGACAAUCACUCUUGAUUUGAUCUGUCACCGAAUCAAAAACCCCACAAAUUCUCUCUCUGCAGAAAGCUAGGGCACCAUUUCAACUUCUCUGUUUCAUCUGAUAUUCAGAUGGAACAUCAAGAGUUCUCCAUUUUGAGAACAGAGGAUAGGCUAGAAGUUGAGAUGCCAAAGGCCUCUGGAGUAAUUAAUGGUGUUCCUGUGCCACUGCAAUUGUCUUGCAAUACUGUUUGUGUAUUCUCUAAGAAAGAAUCUGAUGUAUCAGAUUCAGAACAACGAUCAAAGUCGGCAGCAAAACUAUGUGGGCUUAUAACUUGUUAUGUAAUAUUCAUGGCUGUAGAGAUUGGUGGUGGUGUGAAAGCCAACAGCCUUGCAGUUCUUACAGAUGCAGCCCACUUGUUCUCUGACAUUGCCGGAUUUUCCAUUUCGCUUUUUGCCAUAUGGGCUUCCAGUUGGGAGGCAACAUCACGCGAGUCUUUUGGAUUCAACCGUCUUGAAGUUUUGGGGGCCCUUGUAUCUGUGCAGCUAAUUUGGCUCACUUCUGGGAUCUUAAUUUAUGAAGCAGUUGACAGAAUUUUUAACAAAAAUGCGAAAGUGAAUGGGGGGCUCAUGUUUGCAAUUGCUGUAUUUGGUUUCGUGAUUAAUCUUGUCAUGGUUUUCUGGCUUGGUCAUGACCAUUCUGGUCACGCCCGUAUGGAGAAAGAUCAUGAUCAUGAUCAUGAUCAUGAAAGGGAGGAAUUGUGUGCUACGAUCGAAGAAGGUGAUAAUCUGUUGUCAGGCUCCCCAAAGAUGAGCAAAUCAUUAAACAUAAAUCUCCAAGGGGCUUACCUGCAUGUUAUAGCUGAUCUUAUUCAAUCUGUAGGGGUGAUGAUUGCUGGAACCAUCAUAUGGGCAAGACCAGAUUGGUUGGUGGUAGAUCUGGUCUGCACUUUCAUCUUCUCUGUUUUUUCUCUAAGUACUACUCUACCCAUGCUUAAAAAUAUAUAUUCUAUAUUGAUGGAGAGGACACCAAAUGACAUUGAUAUUGCUAGUCUUGAAAAUGGUCUGAAAUGUAUUGAUGGAGUUCAUGAUGUUCAGGACUUGCAUGUUUGGGCGAUAACGGUCGGGAAAAUUGUACUGGUUUGCCAUAUAAUGGCCAAACCUGAAGUCAAUUCAAACGAAAUUCUCCACAAUAUCAGGAAUUACUGCGAAAAAAAUCACAAAAUUCAUCAUGUAACUGUACAGAUUGAACAAGGAUAAAUGUAUAAAUUGUAGUAGUUUUCCCCCCUUCUGUUGCAGAUAGUGUAGUUCAUUUUGUUGUCUUUCAUCUCUAUAAUUUUUUUUUCUUUUUGGGUAUGAA